AUGAGCCAGUGGGAGCACAUUUCGUUGCAGAAAGUAGGCAAAGUGCUGGAAGAUGCCAAUGCGGACGAUGUCGAAACCAGCAUGUCGAUCAGGUCGGACAGCCCAUUGUCAACUACUGGGAUGUCAGACAACCGCAACGAAGAUAAUGACCACGGCGAUAUGAUGUCAGUUUGCUCUUCGUCCAGGUUGCCGUCUCUUUUCUCUCACAACCUGGACGAGCUGGAAGCGGAUGGAGCCACUGACAGCGGUGCAACCGUCAACAAUGACACGGCUUCUCCUCUACUCGGUUACUACGCUGACCCGCCAGACCACGGUGACGCACCUAACGGUCCUCUUCCAGCGAACUGCAGUACAUGCGGCGGGAAAUGCACCGUCGAUCCUUCUGUUUUCUUGCGAGACUCCCCUCUGUCUCCCAUCGAGACUCCCGUUGGCUCCGACACCGAAUCCCCGCCUGCUUCUCCUGUAUUGGAAGCCACCGAGUACAUUGGUCAUCAGCACGAGCGUGAAAACUACAACGGCGAGCCUGGUUCUCCUGAUAGCUUUGGUACCAUCAACGACUCUCGGGACGGAUCUGAUAACAUCAUGAUUGGUCACUUCCACGACGGACUGAUGGAUAAACCCGAAUCCUUUGCUGGAGUUGGCAAUAGAGUCACUCUGCAUAGUCCUCCCUCAUCACAGGCCUCCUCAGCCGAUGAGCUUGCCGCGAUGAUCGACAAUGACACGAUGAUCGACAAUGCCGGGGAUGACCGCAGCGCCCGCACGAGUGACCCCACCAGCGUCCAACCUGGCUUCAAAGCCACAGCCAAACAGAACGGCUCCCACCAAGCCUCACAGGAGCCCGGAAGCUAUACAGUGCCAGAAAACGUGCAGCCGGGCUACGGUUUGGAAUGGCUCACUGUCGUAGAGCAGAGGCACGGUGGUUCGGCUAGAAGAACCAUCACGGGAGUUAUGGAUGGCUGGUGGCACAACAAGGUUCCUACCUAUAUGUUCGCGGAUCUGGUUCGCACUGUCCUCCAGAACGACCAGUAUCUGCUGGGAUGGUUCGAGUACUGCCUUCGUGAUCCAGUUUAUGCCGGAUGGAAGGGUCACAGGGACCAAGCCGAACAGAUGUACUAUCAGCAGACUGGGAUGUACCCUCUUCAAGAUUCCGCCCCGACUCCGGAUUGGGUUUCUGGAGCAUGCUACUCGGUCACUAACAACGAUACUACGGUUGCCCAUCCUGGUCCUGAAGGAGGCCAGAACGAGCCGCUGAGUGUGCUGAUCAGAAGGGCCAUUAAUAAUGUCCUUUCCAGGAUGGCGACUGGUAUGCAGAUCCAGAACGACACUGUGGCUGAGACCGCGGCAGAAGCCGACUCCGACGCCUCCACAGACUUCAACAUCAACAGCAACGCCAGAGACGAGUAGCCUGCCG